AUGACGGAGCCCAGCGUCAACGACGGCUUUGUGAAUGAAUCAGAGUGCACCAGUUUUAUAACUCUAUGCAUCGAGUGCAACUUGGUUUGCUAUGUCGAGGCCAAGCUCAAACAACGACCGAACGAGAUCAAGGACAAAAAGGGCCGGCCCCUUCUCCACUAUGCGCUGAUGCCUAUGACGAACUCAUCGCGAGUCCGUCGUGCAGACUCACGGUACAAGUUCAUAGCCUCAGGCGAUGCCAAUCUCAGCCUGGUCAAGACCUUACUACAACAUGGUGCGGACCCGAAUGAGGAGUUUACAGAGUGGCCUAGUCCCUGGGAGUAUGGUCUGGACGCAAGGCCUGGCUUUCCCAGCAGCAGCUGGGACGGGGAUAUCCCAAAGCUCUUGAUCUACUAUGGGGCAGACCCCUUUGUAGGCAUCAUGGCACCCAAGAAGACUCAUGCUCGGUCUGCAUUAUUCCAGGUCAGAUGCAAGUUCGAGAAUGCCCCCCAACGCAAGGAAGAACUUAUCACUGCUCUAAAAGCUAGGGGAGGUAGGUAUUUUGAAGGUGAAGAGAUAGAGCUCGACUAUCAAAGGAAUCUGCAUGGUCGUGGUCGUGAUUCUCGUGCCAAUCAGACUAUUUCUUUCAACGGGCGUUAUCGGUCUUCUCAUGCAGAUCAAGUUGAUUGGACACCACAGCACGACUCCAUCCUUCUCCAGCAGUUGAUCGAUAAGACUAUAAAGCUGGGUAACGCUCGAGACGACCCAUUUCAGACCCCUAGUUGGUCCCGUACGAAGAAUACUCCAAGUCUCAUCAAAAGCGACCUGUCGUACGCUCAUCAUUUAGUCCAUGGCACUGAACGGAAAACACUGACCGAGAACGAGCAGCUGGUCGAAAUCAUACAAUUUCACAUCAGAAGGCUUGAAGACGUGGAACGAUUUGGCGACACCGCGUUACUGCAUUACGUGGAAAUUCUCGAUUCUCUUACAUCCAGUCGUUUCACGAGGCGAUCGAGGCGAUACUUCGAGCCUUUCAAAAGUCGGGGACUUACUCCGAUAACUCGAAACAGUGGUUAUUACGACUACAAUUAUUGGUGA